AUGUGCCUCAAGGGAUACUCUUUCACUCAGGGACAUCUGGGUUGGCUCGCCUGGGAACGCCCACCAUGCGCUGUUCCAGCCAGGACGUCCAUGUGGCGCGAAGGCCACUCCAACUGGUUAGUAGUCAGCUUGGACUGGGACCUUCAAGUCCGCAAGAUUGCAGAAGCAGAGGCCGAUGAGAGCCCCGAGGGUCGAUGCGAUGACGAUGACGCUGGCGCGGUCGGGGAGUUCUCUCAAGUGAGACAUGUUCCAGAGCACGACAGCCAGCAGCGCGCCGCCUUCCGGAUGGCCGCCGACCAGGGCCCCAGCAAGAGCAGCAGACGCGGCGCAAGCCACAGUUCCAGCAACUGA